AUGGCGUCCAAGCCAGUCAGCCUGAAGGUACAGCCUAGAGGCAAGAAGAUUCGGGGUCUGCCCAGUGAAUGCAGCAUCUACCUGCAAGGAAGCACGACCGACCUCUACCAACGGAUAGCGAAACAGUCGAACUUUUCGAUACAUCGGCUGCGUAUCACAAAGGCAGAAGAUGGCAAGCCCGUCCCGAACGACAAGAGUGUGUCGAUAGACAGCACGGGCUUAAGAGAUGGAGCUACGAUACAGGUGAAGGAUCUCGGCCCGCAAAUCGCCUGGCGAACCGUCUUUAUAAUCGAAUACGCCGGCCCACUCCUCAUCCACCCGCUCUUCUACUUCCUCCGACCCUACAUCUACAAGAACGCACCAGCCGAGCCCUCGACCCUCCAAACCCUCUCAUGCCUCACCAUAACCCUCCAUUUCCUCAAGCGCGAGCUCGAGACCAUGUUCGUCCACCGCUUCAGCAACGCGACAAUGCCAGCCUUCAACAUCUUCAAGAACUCGGCACACUACUGGUUGCUAUCCGGCCUGCUCAUCGCCUACUUUACUUACGCUCCCAACUCAAUGACUGCUACCGAAAGCAGCCCAGCUCUUACAUACACCGGUCUGGCGCUCUUCGUGAUCGGUGAGCUAGGCAACUUGAACGCGCACCUCGUCCUUCGGUCUUUACGGUCCUCAGGCGGCACAGAGCGAGGUGUCCCGAAAGGUCUGGGCUUCAACUGGGUCACCUGUCCCAACUACCUGUUCGAGUCGAUUGCAUGGCUGGGAAUCAUGAUGAUCAACAAGUCGUGGAGCACGGGGAUCUUUGUCGCGGCCGCGGUAGGGCAGAUGGCGCUGUGGGCGAAGAAGAAGGAGAAUCGGUAUCGGAAGGAGCUGGGGCCGAAGUACAAGAAGAAGCGGUUUGCGAUGAUACCUGGUGUGUGGUAG